GCCCAAGGACACUUCAACAUGUAUUUUAAGGGAAAUAACUGCUGGAGUGGGUCUUUAACAUGAAGGUAAAAGUAACUUUAGCAGCUAAACUGUGAACUGUUUAGGGAUUUUAAACUAAACUUAACCAGUCAUUUUCAAUCAUUUUCAUUAACAAAUGUUGGUUUCAAACAUUAGAACCCACCAAAAAUGUAGGGAUCAUUUUUAUGCUAUGGGAGGUCAAAAGUUAUAUUUCACAAAAAGCAAAAAGCAAAAAUUUAACGGUGGCAAAUCAGAAUUUGAUUGUUUUCCCUUCUCUUAUACCAUCUACACAAUUUACAUCCUCUCUGAUUGAUUGAUCUUUACACUUAACCUUUAGGAUGGAAACAUAUUUAUAUAAUCUGUAGCCUACAUAAUUUGGCAUUACACAUAAUAAAAUAUCUUGCACCUGAAAUGACUUAACUAUCAAUUUCACUGUGCAUAACUAUUUAUUUAAAAGUAAUAUUAUCACUUCACAGAUGCAUGAAUAGAUAGUUCAUUAACCUAAGAGGAAAGUAAAUAUUCUGUACAAAUGUGGAAUCAAUGGAUGAUGGAUAGAGCACAUGGAGGGCUUUUGUCCUGUGGUUUCAGUGCGUCACUAAGGGCGUGCUCUGUACAGCAAGGUCUAUAUAGUUCUGUGAUCUCUGCUGCUGAACACAUAAAGCAUCUCUGCAGCCACUUGUUACACACAACAGAUUUACCUGAAGAGGUCUUGUCUUGGAAAAUGCAGGCUGAGGAAUACAACCGCAGAGGUAAGGAGAUGGUGGACUACAUCACACAGUACCUGGGCUCCGUCAGGGAGAGGAGGGUCAUUCCGGAUGUGAAACCAGGUUACAUGCGUGAGCUUCUUCCUGAUUCUGCGCCUACAGAACCGGAGGACUGGGAGAAUAUUUUCAACGACAUUGAGAAAGUCAUCAUGCCAGGAGUGGUCCAUUGGCAGAGCCCUCACAUGCAUGCCUACUACCCCAGUCUGACUUCAUGGCCCUCUAUGCUCGGAGACAUGCUGGCUGAUGCCAUCAACUGUGUUGGGUUCACUUGGGCCUCCAGCCCAGCCUGUACAGAGCUGGAAAUGAAUAUGAUGGACUGGUUAUGUAAAGCACUGGGACUUCCUUUCUUCUUCCUGCAUCACCAUCCUGACAGCAGAGGUGGAGGCAUCCUGCAGAGCACAGUGAGUGAGAGCACACUGGUGGCUUUGUUGGCAGCUAGGAAAGACAAAAUUCUGCAACUGCGGGCUGAACUGGAGCAGGACGUGGAUGACUCAAUUCUGAAUUCAAGGCUGGUAGCCUAUGCUGCAGAUCAGGCUCAUUCUUCAGUUGAGAAGGCAGGUCUGAUCUCCCUGGUGAAGAUCAGGUUUCUGCCCACUGAUGAGCACUUAUCUCUGAGAGGAGACACUUUGAAACAAGCCAUUCAGGAAGACAGGAGGAGGGGACUUGUCCCUUUCAUGCUAUGUUCAACUUUGGGAACUACAGGAGUGUGUGCCUUUGACAAGCUGUCCGAACUGGGACCAGUCUGUAAAGAAGAGGCACUCUGGCUUCAUGUUGAUGCUGCAUAUGCUGGCUCAGCUUACUUCUGUCCUGAACUUCGCUGGUCUCUGGAUGGCAUUGAAUUUGCACACUCCUUUGUUUUUAACCCUUCCAAGUGGAUGAUGGUUCAUUUUGACUGCACAGCUUUCUGGGUAAAGGAUAAAUAUAAGCUGCAACAGACCUUCAGUGUUGAUCCUGUUUACCUCAGACAUGAAAAUUCCCAGGCAGCCACAGACUUUAUGCACUGGCAAAUUCCUCUCAGCCGACGUUUCCGAUCACUCAAGCUCUGGUUUGUCAUGCGCUCCUUUGGUCUGAAAAACCUCCAGGCUCAUAUCAGACAUGGUAUUGAGAUGGCAAAACUCUUGGAGUCUCACAUAAGGAGUGAUCCGAAUUUUGAUGUUCCUGCUCAGAGGCAUCUUGGCUUGGUGGUUUUCUGCCUGAAAGCAGGAAAUACUUUGACCCAGGAGCUUUUGAGGAGACUAACUCGUUCUGGCACCAUGUACCUCAUCCCUGCAGAAAUUCACAGCAAACGCAUCAUCCGGUUUACAGUUACCUCACAGUUCACUACUGAAGAUGACAUCCUAAAGGACUGGGGUAUUAUUUCCAAAACUGCUUCCACUCUUCUGGCAGAGGCGCAGGCUUUGAAUAAUACUGACCAGCCAAGAUCAGGGGAGGAUGAGGUGAUAGGUGUUGGAGAGGACCACAAUCCUAACUCAGAUGCUACUUCUGCUGAGAAAGAAGAUGCAGUCACUCAGCUAGAAAAAGCUCAGGUGGAGUUGUGGAUUGACAAGGCUUGGAAUCGACCUAGAAGAACUAUGCGUUCUCUUAGCUGCAACAGCGAGCCUCUUCCUUACACUUACAAUGGGCCACUAUCUGCUUACGACUAUGAAAUGAGGUCUGACCAAAAGGAUGCUGCAGGAGGAAUCCCCAUCCCAUCACCAACAGGAUCUGGUCCUAUGUAUAAGAUUAAUGAAAUACCUUCAAAUGAUCUUGGCAGACAGGUCCUAAAAAAGCUGACAAAGUUCUAUAGCGUGCCCAGUUUCUGCAACCAAUGGGUCCAGUGUGGUCGGCACCAGCUGUGCUGCCCCCUAAAGGUUUCACAGGCACCACAAAAACACCUGUCCCCUACCUGCGAAGAAUAAACUGCACUCCUGUAUUUCCUGUGGCCAACACAGCUCCCUCUACAACAACAGUGGACACUGCUGCUGCAUCUAAACUCCUGUAAUGAUCCUCAAAGCAAUGAACAUUAGUUCACACCCACACAUUAAUCCUGCUUCUGAUAAUCAAGCAAUUCUUCUGUAUUUUUAUUGGCUGCUGAGUCAUAAAGCCGUUGGCAAACUGAUGAUUACUAAUUAACAAAUUCAAAAAUAUGAGAAUGCUUUGCUUAUUUAAAAUCAUGUUUUUUUUUUAAUUAAUUAAAAGUAAUUCCUGUUAAAUAGCCAUAUACGAAAUGUUACCUCUCACAUGGUAAAGUAGCUCAUAAUAUCUGCUGUGUAUAAAUGCUCAAUGUACAGGUCAUUUGUCAUUAUUUUGCAUCAUGUAUCACUAAAAGCUUAAAAAUUAAAUGCAUCAUUUGUCAGUCCAAUAAAAAAGACUAAACUCUU